AUGCGUCUCCCCUACGCCCCCAACACUCCGCCCGCUGAUGCCCCCGCCGACACGGCGGACAUCUAUGCCCGUAUCGCGGCCCGGAGGAGUCCUCGUCCCCUUAUCCCUCUGGAUUUGUCCCUGCUGCAUAGCCCGCCCGUCGCGGAUGGCUGGAAUAGCUUCAUAGGUGCUAUUCGCACACGCACCGUUGUCGAUCUGGGCAUCCUUGAGCUCGCGGUCUGCCGUGUUGCCGUGCUGAACGAUGCUGUAUAUGAGUGGAAUGCUCAUGCGCCCCUCGCCUUGAAGGGUGGAAUUAAGCCCGAAGAGCUACAAGUGGCUCGCACCUUGCCCUGCACUGCGGAGGGAAACCUGACCGAGCUCGAGACCAGUGUGUUGUCUCCAAAGCAGCGAGCCGUCUUGCGCUAUACCGACCAGAUGACCAAAACCGUCAAGGUACAGGAUGAGGUCUUUGCGGAGCUGCAGACGGCAGGAUUUGAUGAUCGUGAAAUCGUCGAGCUUACGACUGGCAUUGCGGGCUACAACUGUGUUAGUCGGUUCCUGGUGGCUCUCGAUGUGGGCGAGAAUAACGCCCGUGAGAUGAAGAGUGUUGAUGAGCUGGUUGCUGCUCUUCAGUAG